AUGGGUGUUGUCCGAGUUGGUUUGCUACUUUUUUCAGUUGUCAUUAUCCAAUGUAAUGGUGUACCUCGUUUUGCCAAUUAUAUUCAAGAUGAUAUGGUGCUCCAACGAGCUCCACAACGAGCUAUCGUGUGGGGAUUUGGAGAUGCAGGAAAAUUAACUACGCUUCGAAUGAAUAAUAAAAUUUAUACAACCAUCAGUCGUUUGGAAGCAGCAAAUGAACUAGGGGAAAGUAUAUGGUCAGUCACUCUUGAUCCUGUCUCAGACGAAGGACCAUUUGAUAUUCAUGUUUCACAAGCAUUAGCUAAUGGAACACUUGUUACAAUUACAAUUCAUAAUAUUCUAUUUGGUGAUGUUUGGCUGUGUUCAGGUCAAUCAAAUAUGCAGUUCACAGUGAACAUGAUGUUCAAUGCAACAGAAGAAAUUCAACAUGCAAGCAACUUUCCUAAAAUACGACUAUUUACUGUUUCACUUUUGCCAUCAGCAUCACCUGUUGAAGAAUUACUUGGUAUUAAUUUAAAUUGGUCAGUAGCAUCACCACAAAGUGUUGGUGGACCAUGUUGGAAUUAUAUGUCAGCUGUAUGUUGGUUAUAUGGUCGUAUGAUUCAUCAAGCAUUAGGUGGUCGACCCAUUGGUCUUAUUGCUACUAGUUGGGGUGGAACACCGAUUGAAUAUUGGAUGCCACCGAAAGCAUUACAAGAUUGUAAUGCUACAACAAGUAAAAAUGUGGCAGUACAAGCGUAUAAUGAACUUUUUGUAACAAUACCAGUUAAUCAUUCGAAUUUAUUUAAUUCUAUGAUCUAUCCAUUUACUCGUACUGUUAUCUAUGGUUCCAUAUGGUAUCAAGGUGAAGCAAAUGCUGGUAAUCCUACAUAUGCGUGUAAAUUUGCAAAAAUGAUUCAAUAUUGGAGACAAAUAUGGAAUGACCGUACAAAUGGUAUAACUGAUAUCCAUUUUCCAUUUGGUUUUGUUCAAUUAUCAACAAAUACAAACAAUAGUGCAGUCGUUGGAGGAUUUCCUAUGCUUCGAUGGCAACAAACAUUUAAUGUCGGUUAUGUCCCAAAUAAUAUUGUUCCAAAAGUAUUUAUGGCUGUCACUUUGGAUCUACGUGAUGAUCCUAAUGGUAUUCAUCCUCGAACUAAACUUGAUGUAGGAUAUCGACUUUCACGUUCUGGUCUUGCAGUUGCUUAUGGUCAACAAGUUGAAUUUCAAGGUCCAAUUGUACAAAAAGUUGAUUAUUUAACUGAAGGUACAACGGUCAACAUCACAUAUACUGCUGUAUCAAGUGUUGAACUACGUAAUCCAAAUGGAUUUGAGGUUUGUUGUCACGACACUCAGUGUUCGAAUGAUGCUCUGUGGGUUCCAGCAACUGUAUCAAGUAAAAGUGGACUGACAAUAACAUUAAAACUGGACCGUGCAUGUUUUGGAAAACCACUCUAUAGUCUUCGUUAUCUUUGGCGAGAAACACCCUGUCCAUUUAAACAAGCAUCUAUUUAUAGUGCUACAGAUGCCAAUUUACCAUCUCCACCAUAUAUGAAAAUUUUUUCAAAUUCAUAG